AUGUUAGGUAUUCUGAGGCCUAGUUCGAUAUCGAGCAUAAAACUUAUAACGAGGAGUGGGAUAACGCCAAAUCCUUUAAGACUAUUAAUAAAUAAUGGUGGAAAACAAUUUGCACAUAAACUUCAACCUAUUCAAACUAAUAGGUACAUUCAUAUAUCAAAUAUUCUAAGAAACAAUAAAAAAUCAACAACAGAAGAGAAAGAUGCUACGGAUGAAGAUAUACGGGUAAUUAAAGAAGAAAUCGAGAACUACAUUAAGAAUGCUAAUAUACAUAAAGAUAUGGAUCUCUCUGAGAGAAAAAGAAUUAUUCAAGAUGGAAUAAAGAAAUUAGAAUCUACUAUCGAGAGACAACAAACAAAACAAAAACAAGAAGAAAAAGAAGAAGAACAAGAAGAACAAGAGGAACAAGAGGAACAAACGAAGGAAAAAAAGACGUCACAAUCAAAUCAAAAUAAUACCACAGGAAAUGGUAACAAUGGUGGUGGGAAUAAGAAUAAUGUAAAUAUGAAUAAUUUCUUUGGUGAAGGACCAAAUGGUACACCACCUGUUAAGACUAUCAAUUUCUUUCAAUUAGCAGUAUUUUUCUUCUUACUAUCUUUACUAAUGGAUAUGUUUGCAGCUAAAGAAGCAUCAAAUGAGAUUACAUGGCAAGAAUUCCAUAAUAAUUUCUUAGCUAAAGGUUAUGUAUCUAAAUUGAUCAUCGUGAACAAAUCCUUAGUAAGAGUGAUGUUGAAUGAUAGCGGUAAAUCACAUACAGACCGUAAUGGUGCUGAUUAUUAUUAUUUUACAGUUGGUUCUAUUGAAAAUUUUGAACGUAAACUUCAAAAGGCUCAGGAUGAAUUAGAAAUAGAUGAUUCCUUUAGAGUACCAAUUGUUUAUGUUCAAGAAGGGAACUGGUCACAUACUUUAUUCCAAGUAUUACCUACUGUCUUGAUGAUAGCUGGGAUCAUUUGGCUAACCAGCAGAUCGGCACAAGCUGCAGGUGGUUCUCGUAAUGGUAUCUUUGGAAUGAGUAAAUCAAAGGCCCAGAAAUUUAACACUGAGACUAAUGUUAAAAUUUCUUUCAAAGAUGUUGCUGGUUGUGAUGAAGCUAAAGAAGAAAUUAUGGAAUUUGUCAGUUUCUUAAAGGAACCAUCUCGUUAUGAAAAGAUGGGUGCUAAGAUUCCAAGAGGUGCCAUUUUGUCUGGCCCACCCGGUACAGGUAAGACCCUUUUAGCAAAAGCUACUGCUGGUGAAGCAGGUGUUCCGUUCUAUUUUGUAUCUGGUUCUGAAUUUGUCGAGAUGUUUGUUGGUGUUGGUGCCGCUAGAGUUCGUGAUCUAUUUAAAACUGCCAGAGAGAAUGCUCCAUCUAUUGUCUUCAUUGACGAAAUUGAUGCCAUUGGUAAAGCCAGACAAAAGGGUAAUUUCAGUGGUGCUAAUGAUGAAAGAGAAAAUACUUUGAACCAAAUGCUUGUUGAAAUGGAUGGUUUCACUCCAGCUGAUCAUGUUGUCGUCUUAGCUGGUACCAACAGACCAGAUAUUUUAGAUAAAGCUUUAUUGAGACCAGGUAGAUUCGAUAGACAUAUCAAUAUCGACAAACCUGAAUUGGAAGGUAGAAAGGCUAUCUUUGCAGUACAUUUGGCCAAAUUGAAGUUAGCUAGUGGUGUUUUUGAUUUGAAGAAUAGAUUAGCUGCAUUAACUCCUGGAUUCUCUGGUGCGGAUAUUGCCAAUGUAUGUAAUGAGGCUGCAUUGAUUGCCGCCAGAGGUGACGAGACUUCUGUUCAAUUAAAGGAUUUCGAACAAGCCAUUGAAAGAGUCAUUGGUGGUGUCGAAAGGAAAUCGAAAUUGUUAUCGGCCGAGGAAAAGAAAGUAGUAGCAUACCAUGAAGCGGGUCAUGCAGUCUGUGGGUGGUAUUUAAAAUAUGCUGAUCCAUUAUUGAAAGUAAGUAUAAUUCCAAGAGGUCAAGGUGCGUUAGGUUAUGCGCAAUAUUUACCAGGUGAUAUAUACUUAUUGAGUGAACAACAAUUGAGAGAUAGAAUGACUAUGACGUUAGGUGGUAGAGUCUCAGAGGAGUUACAUUUUUCUUCUGUUACUAGUGGUGCGUCUGAUGAUUUUAAGAAAGUUACAAACAUGGCUAGUGCAAUGGUCACGCAACUUGGUAUGAGUCCCAAGAUUGGAUGGAUCAAUUUCCAAAAGAAGGACGAUAGUGAUAUGACCAAACCAUGGUCCGAAGAGACCGGCGACAUAAUUGACUCUGAAGUGUAUAGAAUCAUUCAAGAAUGCAGAGACAGAUGUGCCAAACUAUUGACUGAGAAAUCCGAGGAUGUCGAAAAGAUUGCUCAAUUGUUAUUACGUAAGGAGGUCUUGACUAGAGAAGAUAUGAUUAACCUUUUAGGUAAACGUCCAUUCCCAGAAAGGAACGAUGCAUUUGAUAAAUAUUUAAAUGACAAAGAUUCUAAACCUGCAGACCCCAAAAAGCCAGAUAAUGAACCAAGUACAGCAGCUUAA